AUGCAUGUUUUUAUUAUUAUUUUUCUAAAAGUUAUAGAAGCAUUAAAUAUGGAGACGUCAGUUGCCUCUGAUGCUUGUACUGGUGCCAAUUUGUUAAAUUAUGAAUACGAUUUGUCCAGCGGAACAGAUCAAGUGCUAAGAUGUAAGUCGUCAUCGUCUCCUUCAGAUAAAAUGUUUGCAACAACUAGUACUAUGCCUGUUUUACCUGACAAUCAGCAGUUUUGUUACCUGAAUUCUAUCGACACAACAACACAGCAUGAUUGGUCAGUUGGUGUGGACUUCACGCAUAACCAAACACAGACAAUCGAUGAAGAUAUCGAAUUAUGGUUGAACAGUGUGGAAACACAAACUAAUCUUGCGUCAUUCGAUCCAAGCUUUUUCUCAGAUAUAUGUGUUGGUGUAGAUGAUGACUUUUUUCAAUCGUAG